AUGCAUGCAACUCCAUCCCCCAUUGAUUUCUCACAGAGUACCAUUUCUGAAGAAUCUAAGUGUUACCUUGAUUUUGAAGACCAAGAUGAGAAAGCAAGAGAGAUAAUCUUCAUGCAAAUAUUCACGAUUCUUCAGCUUUCUCCAAACAAGAGACGCAAAAAGCAGUUGCUCGAGCUCAAAGAGUACUUCAAAAACCUUGAUUUCUUCAAAUAAGCUAGCAAAGCCGGAUGACGAUGACAUUUCCUUCGAACUUGCACGCUACAGAUACUUGCAGGCUUUCAAUAUGUCCCAGGGCCAGAAAGUCUUCAAUUAUGGUGAUGAAGGCACCUGGUUUUAUAUCAUAAUAAAAGGGUCUGUUGGCAUCAAAGUUCCAUCCAUCGUGACCAAAAAGAUGACACAGAAGGAUUUAGCUACAUUCAUGGAUAAAAACAAGGAAGAUAUUCUCUUCAAGCAAUGCAAGCAUGACUUGCCAAUUAAGAGCUUGAAGAAUGGAGUUCCUCCUAAUUUCCUCCUUGAUGAUCAGGAAAUCAGAACCUAUGAAGUCUGAAUCCUUAAGGAAGUAGCCGAGCUCAAGGACGGAAUGAGCUUCGGAGAGAUCGCCCUGAUGCAAAAUCAGCCUCGAUCUGCUACGGUUUAUUGUAAAUCCCAGAAUGCGUACUUUGCCGUUCUUGAUCGGAAAGAUUUUCAAAAGACCUAUAGCACCACACAGAAAAUACUAACUAAGCAUAAGAUGGAUCUUAUGAACCAUUUUGGAAUAUUUUCUCACUUUGGUUUCAAGAUGCUCAGGAAACUCAGCUUCUACCUCUUUGAGAGGAAAUAUUGAAUGAACCAGAACAUCUACAGCGAAAAUGAGUUCCCUGAUGGAGUCUAUCUCAUUGAAAACGGAGAGUUUGAGCUGUCCAAAAACGUCAGCGAUAACAACAUUCUUAGAAAGUUUCGAGUGUCCCGACUAGGUCAAAACCAAAUUUUCGGGUUACACGAAUGAAUCAAUCUAACGACUCGUACGAUGAACGCGACUUGUAUCUCCCCGACAGGGACGGUAUAUUGUAUUCCCUCUAAAGAUUUUGUUCAAAAGUUUCUUCCCAAAAUCCCAGAUGAAAUAGUAGAGGCUGAACUUAUUUAAGAUCAAGGACUUUCUCCAACUGAGGUACAAAUCUCUGGUCACCCUCGAAAAAUGUUCAGAUCUCAUCAAAAUGGAUGAGAUUAUUCGUAAAUACCAUAACAAACGCACCCAGAGUCAUAAGAAAAGAAAGCUAAACAAAGCCGAAGUUUCUCAAAAGCCGGCUGGUUCCAAAGCUAAGCGCAAGAUUUUAGCCUUUGAGAGAAAGGUCUACAACACCUCUGCUAACGAACGUUGUGCUUCUUACUUUCAAAGAAAUUAUCAACGGAAAGAUUUGUCUACAAAAAAUUCUAAAGAGACAUUCAAUAAGAAUGAUUUAAGUGUCUGCUUAUCUUCUCCAAAAAUGGCAACUAAAGACUCAGUUCGAGAAUCUCUUGGUGAGAAAUUAAGAAGGGAGCUGGCCGCCAGCAAGCAAGAUGAUUGUACUGCUUCCAAAAACAACCUAAUGCAACAGGGAGCUCUUCUCAAGAAAUCACUAAAGAAGGAGACUCAAGAGGCCAAAUCCAAUCGUUUCAAGGUAAAAGUAGUAAACAAGUUGAGACAGUCUCGAAAAGUCUCCCUUCAGAAGAAAAUUAUGGGAAUUCAGCAAAAGAUUGGCAAAAAGAGAAACUUCUACAUCACACUUCCUAAAUAAGAAGACAAAAACCAAUAAAAUAAUAGGAAUGAACAUCAAAAAGAUCGAUAUUAAGCCAGAUAUCCAGAAGACAGAGAAAUAGCAUGCAGACUACGGACUUCAAGUUCAACAAGAUCAAGGUUCUUAAUAAAAAUCUGCGACAACUCAAGACCCCUUCCAAGAAAUCAGACAAGCUGUCUUGACCCCCUCAGUUUAUCCCAACUACAAAUGUGUUUAAAUCUAUCGAUGGCAAGAACAAAUAUGCGAAGACCUUGUAUAAAGUUAAUAGCCUUGAGCAAUACCAGAAGCAUGUCCCAGAGAAGCUAAAUAGGAAGGAAAUCCAUGUCACCUGAAUCAACACUCUUGAUGUAGUAGCCCAACAGAAUUGUAGCUUCCUCAAUUCUGAUGAGCUUAUAUGAGACAUGAAGAGGUCGAAUAAAACCUGAAAUUCCACCCAGAAUUUACCUGGGAAGAGUCUGCCAACAUUAAACUCGUUUUACUUUGCAAAUAUUAAAGUGCCAUUAUCACUACAUAAAGAUUUCUCAGAUCCAUCUUUGACACUGCCUUCUUACAAAGAGAUUCAAAAGUUCUUGAGCCAAGAGACCAUCUUUGAUGAAGUUUAGAGUCUAAGGAAGGAGGUUAAAUACGUAUAUAUCAUCCUCAGGAGCAUUCCCUAGCAGAUUCUGGACCUGAUAUAAUACUCUGGGCUCUAAAGAAUUAGAUCAAUCUACUAUAAAGCCUCAAUUC